CAAGGCAGUUGUUUAGUUCCGUGACGCAUACAACAGUUGCUUGCUAAAGUCCGUUUUAAGCGUAAUUAUCGUCGGAUAACUGUACAUUUAGAAGCUAAUGAAGCCUCCGACAUUUUUGCAAGCGUAAAUUGCGCAUAUUUUGCCUUACAGUGCGAAACGUAAACAAUCCGGUGUCAAAGUUAAAGCUAACGUGUCAAAUACAGAGGAUAGUACAGUGACUCUCGCCAACAUGAGAGGAGGUUCGUCCUAUGGAGACAGAGACAGGGACCGUGGACGAGACAGGCCACGGUUCGGGACCAUGAGUGGUCGCGGUGGACCCCCCCCAAUGAAGUUUGGGAAUCCAGGUGAGCGUCUCCGCAAGAAAAGGUGGAACCUGGACGAGCUGCCAAAAUUUGAGAAGAACUUCUAUGCCGAACACCCUGAGGUCCAACGCAUCAGUCAGUAUGAAUUGGAAGAGUAUCGCAGGAAGAAGGAGAUCACCAUCAGAGGCUCUGGCUGUCCAAAACCGGUCACCGCUUUUCACCAGGCGCAGUUUCCUCAGUAUGUGAUGGAUGUGCUGAUGCAGCAGAACUUUAAGGAACCCACAGCGAUUCAGUCUCAGGGUUUCCCUGUGGCCCUGAGCGGCAAGGACAUGGUGGGAAUCGCACAGACUGGCUCUGGAAAGACACUGGCUUAUCUGCUUCCUGCUAUUGUGCACAUCAACCAUCAGCCCUAUCUGGAGAGGGGAGAUGGUCCCAUUUGUCUGGUGCUGGCCCCGACCAGAGAGCUGGCUCAGCAGGUUCAACAGGUUGCAUAUGAGUAUGGCAAGUCUUCUCGUAUCAAAAGCACCUGUGUCUAUGGUGGAGCACCCAAAGGACCACAGAUUCGAGAUCUUGAGAGGGGUGUUGAGAUCUGCAUCGCCACACCUGGUCGUCUUAUUGACUUCUUGGAGGUGGGAAAGACGAACCUGCGUCGCUGCACCUACCUCGUGCUGGAUGAGGCUGACCGCAUGCUGGACAUGGGCUUUGAGCCACAAAUUCGCAAGAUAGUUGAACAAAUCAGGCCUGACAGACAGACUCUGAUGUGGAGUGCAACCUGGCCAAAGGAGGUUCGGCAGCUUGCUGAGGACUUCCUGAGGGAGUAUGUCCAGAUUAAUGUUGGUGCUCUGGAGCUCAGUGCCAACCACAACAUCUUGCAAAUAGUCGACGUCUGCAUGGAGACUGAAAAGGACAACAAACUUAUUCAGCUGAUGGAGGAAAUUAUGGCUGAAAAGGAAAACAAAACCAUCAUCUUUGUAGAGACCAAGAAGCGUUGUGAUGAUCUUACCAGGAGAAUGAGGCGGGACGGGUGGCCAGCCAUGUGUAUCCAUGGAGACAAGAGCCAGCCAGAAAGAGACUGGGUGCUCACAGAAUUUCGGAGUGGCAAAGCUCCUAUCCUGAUUGCUACUGAUGUCGCCUCGCGUGGUCUGGACGUGGAAGAUGUCAAGUUCGUCAUCAACUAUGACUAUCCCAACUCCUCUGAAGAUUACGUCCACCGUAUCGGGCGUACGGCCCGUAGUACCAACAAAGGCACUGCCUACACCUUCUUCACCCCAGGGAACCUGCGGCAGGCCCGAGACCUUGUCCGGGUGUUACAGGAGGCCCGGCAGGCCAUCAACCCAAAACUGCUUCAGCUUGUGGACUCGGGCCGUGGUGCAGGAGGAGGUGGCAGAAUGCGUUACCGUGGCAGCAACUCCAACAACCCUAACCUAAUGUACCAGGAAGAGUGUGAUCGCCGCAUGCGCUCUGGUGGAGGUGGUGGUGGCAGCAAAGACAACCGCAGCGGCUUCAGCCGUGACAGCCGCAACAGCCGCGAUGGAGACCGCUCCACUUCCUCCUCCUCUUCCUCAUACAGGGACAGAAGUCGGGAUCGCAGGAACAGUUACAACUCGGGCUCAGAUCAGUACCAGAGUUACAGUGGCAGCGGGGGCUACAACUCCCGCAGCGGUGGCCAGUCUGCUGGCGGUGGAGGUCAGGAUCAGUCUAGCCAGCCACAGGGUCAGUUUGGCCAGCUUCUUCCUCCUCCGCCACCAGGUGGGCCGCAGCCCCUCAUGGCGCAGCAGUUUGCUCCACCACAGGCCCCGCUAAUGGGCUUCAUGGGGCCACCACCGUACCCUUUUGCCUCACCGCCCCCUCCUCCUCCAGGCCCUCCACCCCCCCGGAAGUAGAAUUAUGAGAAAGAAGCACUGAGUCAGUCUGUGCAACUUAGUGUGCUCACAGUGUAACUUUAUUUUUACUCUCCAACUCUUGUUUACUCCACGAUUGAGGGGUUUGACAAGGUCAUAUACCUAUGGAGGUAAGGGCUUAUAUUUUCUAUUUUGUACUUUUUUAUAAAACCCAACAUGGAAUUAAACAUUUUCCACCACCACACUGUGGACUUCACCAGUUUGUUGUCCAUCUCUAGCUCAAGCUGUGCCUUUUAUCAGAUGUAUUACAAUUUGUUUAGAAUGAAAACAAGCACAUACUCAGGCCUCAGUGGGUGUUUGAGGGUGCUGGUCUAUGGGCAAAAUAAUGUCUAAUAGAUACCAUCACAUUCCAGUCAUGUUUUUCUCUAGCUUCAAAAUCCUUGAAUGAGACUUUUUUUUUUUUUGACCAGCAAUAUAUUUCAAUUGUUGCAUUUUGGAUUUGUGUUAUUCUGAAUAUUUUUUAAUGAAUCCUCUGCAAUAGUUUGGAUUUUAUGCAACCAAUAUUAGGUUUUUUUGGUGUAAUGAGCUGUCACACUAGGUUUGAAUACAUUUGUCAUGCAUGCCUUUACCUUUUCCUGUCUUGUAGCAUGUCAGAAUGGAUAUGUCCAUAUUUGCUUGUAACUGUUUAACUCAUAUUUUAUUAAGCAGAUCAGCUGAUGCAGGCUUGUUUUCAUGCACAUUGAUAACAAAAUUACAGUUUUGUUUCUUGUUUCCUCUUAAACUCAUUGUGCUCUUUUUACAGUGUUUUCUUAAUAAAUAAAUAAAUCAAAGCUUUAUUUUCUACUGAGCAAGUUAUUGAUCAAAUUAUUUGUACGUCAAGUGAAUUCCCUGUACAAAUGACUUUAUUUGCCUUAAAUACACAGUUGUAGUACAUCCUCAUUUUGUACCCAGCAGUAUGUACAUGUGCUGCUUUGAUUGGUAAAUAUACAUAAUGGCAUGAAGCUUUCAUUUACAGUAGGAGCACAGAUAGACAUGACUUUUUCCCUUCCUCAGAAAUAUAUAUAGAAAGGCCUCACCACUCUCCCUCCUCCAGUAGCUAACACUGAGUUUUGUGUAUCAUUUUGUUGUGUAUCAAUCUGAAAAAUCUGGAUCCAGUUUUAGUUUCCUAAGUUGUUUGUCGUGUUUUUCUUGUCAGUCCAAGUGAAUGUGGGAGGUCCAGUCUGAUCCAUAUAUUCCAAAGCUGGGCAAGGGUGGUCACACUGUGCUUGAUCAUGUUUGAGUGAAGUGUUCUGCAAACUGUACCAUAGAAGUUAUGAAAGGGGAAAAAAAAAAAUUGUGCCCUUAAAUGGACCUCAGUUAAUAAACAGACAUGAAAUGGGAAGGUUAUAACUGGUAUGACGGCAUGUAGCUCAGGGGUAGUUAUUGCAUCAGUUUGACAUGUAUUUGGAUCCAAACACAGAGAUGUUGCCAAAACCUCUACAAGGUCAAGAAGCAAGAGUUACAGCCCUUCAGUCUGUUGUUCCCAAAAGUUAUUCCAAAAGAAGUGAGACUUUACCAAUUUGAACAUUCAGUCAUUAAAACUACUCAAGUCAUAAAGUUACUAAGCUACUUCUUGUCGUUCUUUUGGCAAUGACAAAAGGCAAAUUUGCAUGUGUGACUUGAAUAAAAAUACUGAUCUGAGAGUGACGAUUUAAACCUGUCAAACCUGUAACAGCCCCCUCAAUGCAUAGUUUACGAUAAAUCAUGCUGGGAGAUGCGAAUAUUCAUUAUUUACAAUCUGAUCGAUCAAUGAAAGACUGAAAGGUUGUCACUGAGGCCACUUUUUGUCUCAUUAUUGCUCUUCUUCUGCCACAAGUUAGCUAAAUUAAAUGGCUAAUUUAUAGUAUUAUAAAACUGCCCGUCAGACUGAUUAAUGGCACUGUACCAUGUAACGAACAUUUACUGAUAUGAAAACUAGCACUUGCUUUCAAGUAUGUUAAAAUGAGUAAAUGUUGCUCCGCAUGGAUCCCUCAUAAUAUCAUGAACAGAAGCUCCAGCUUUUGUCUCUACUGUAGUUACACACACUUCAGUUUCACAUGUACUUCAGAAUCUUAUCUCUCAGGUGGAAUCAGUCUGCCUCCAAUCUUACUUUAUUUUAUGACCCUAAGAAGUGAUCAUAGACCCGUGCGCCAAUCAACUCAUGACCACGGAUAUUCAGAUGAUCAUGUAACAUCAUUUGUUUCACAGAGUCUUUGCUGAUAAGGACAUGGACAUAUGAAAACGAUCAAACCAGUCAUUUGUAUACAUAUAUGUACAAAGCAAAUGAAAAUCAAAGGUUUCAUCUCAGGCACAUGUGGUAGAAUCAAACUGGAUGUCAGCGAUGUCAGCUCAGGACUUCACAUGUCCCUCUUUGGGUCAAUCGACAGUAGAAAGGCAGCAAAUGAGGAAUGACAAGGUCAAAGGGAAUGGUUUCAUGUGCAAAAUUUAAACAAAAUAAGUGCAUGUAAAGUUCAGGUUGAGUAAGAAGAAAAUUACCAAAUCAAAAUCCUGAGUGAAACAUAAUGUUAAAUAGUGUCCCAAUCUUUUGAAAACAAAGAAAAGUGCAGAAAUAAAAAAAAAAAAAGCUAAAUUUUAAAGGGGCAGAGAUUCAGUGCCCUACCUUCAUGGGCCUUUUUCACACGAGACACUGGCACAUCAAAAUAGGAAAAAGCAGAGAUAUAACUAAUCAAAUGAAUGAUGGCUGAAUUCCAUUUAGCUGCUUCAGUUUCAGGGUCCUGGUAUUGUACAUGCUGACUCACUGGCCCACUGUAUUGGCUUCCUGGGACAUGGUGACAUUAUUAAUGUUGCUGCUGUGAAAAAGCCCUACUGCCAGAGCUUAGACACACACUGCCAAACUGUUAUCUUUCACACAGUAUGUUAAAACCAAUACUUAAAAACUAUGUAUCAAGUCAUCAUGUAUGCUCCUUGGAUAAUUUGGUUUUCCCAGUCCUUUUACAGUUAUUACAUCAUUUCCGAUCCUUUCCUCAUACUCUGAUCUGUCUUCAUUAGAUCAAAAGAAAACCCACUAUAAUGGUUUAAAUUGUGGGAGUUGACAGUUACAUUUAGUUUGAUUAUUUCCAUUUGCAACCCUGUGCUUGACAAAUAAACAACACAGUUUACAUUAUGGGGUGAAGAGGUUUUCCAGUAAGUUGCACAUGAUUCAGUUUGACUGCUGCCCCUCUUCCUGAAAACACUGUUGCUGAAACAAUGAGAAAAAGAAUCAAUUCUUCAUUUGAAAAGGAAAACAACUUCAGUUCCGAUAAGUUAUCAGGUAAAAUGGCGACUAUUCCAUAUCAUGAACUGAAUGUAUUUGAGUUUUUUGGCUUUUGGUAAGAUUGUUCACACUUAUAAAAUAACACUUUAAGCAUUAGCUGACUUUAAGUUUAACUGAGAAACAGUAUUGAUGGACAGAAAUAAAAAAAA